AUGCAUCGCUUCACUUCCUCUCUCAGAGUUUAUGGCCCAGCGGCAUCUCAGAGCGUGGUAUUCGGAGACGUGUGCCCCCUACUCACGUCCCUCUUAGACGGGUACAAUGUCUGUAUCAUGGCAUAUGGGCAGACGGGAAGCGGGAAGAGCUAUACCAUGCUGGGGCCACAUCCUGCAGAUGGAUCUGCUCUGCCUCUGGACGCUCGUGGUGACAUAGGAAUCAUCCCCAGAGCUGCUGCAGAACUCUUCAGGCUUAUUUCAGAAGAUGCAUCAAGAAGCACUAAGGUUGAAGUUUCUAUAGUGGAGGUUUAUAACAAUGACAUCUUUGACCUUCUGGCCAAAGACAAUUCCACGGUGGCAUCUGUGGUCAAGCGCGAGUUGAAGACAACAAAGGAAGGAAGGAGGGCGGUCUCUCUGCUGACGUGCGAGGCUGUCUGCAGUGCCGCGGAGUUCAUGAAGCUCGUUCAUGGGGGUCUGCAGCUCAGGGUGAAGCACCCCACCUUAGUGCACGAGGACUCUUCCAGGUCCCACCUGAUCAUAACGGUGACUCUAACCACAGCACCUUCCUCUGACAGCACCGAGCAGGCGUGCAGGCAGACCCUCCCGCAGGAGCCCUCCUGCCCCUGGCCUUUGCCCACAGGGGCGGGAAAGAGGCGCAGCAACUCUCCCCGAGCUUCGCCUCCGAGGCCCGCAGACCCCGCAGGACGCGCAGAGCAGGUGCAGGUCCAGCUGCAGCUUGUGGACCUGGCGGGCAGCGAGUGCACUGGACUGUCCGGGGUGACCGGAUUGGCCCUGAGGGAGACGUCCUUCAUCAACCGCAGCCUCGCGGCCCUCGCAGACGUCCUGGGGGCCUUGUCGGAGCGCCGCAGCCAUGUCCCAUACCGCAACAGCAAGCUCACGCGCCUGCUGCAGGAUUCCCUCGGAGGCGACGCAAAGUUGCUGGUGAUUCUUUGCGUGUCCCCCAGCCAGAAGCACGUGGCAGAGACGCUGCAGGGCCUGGGGUUUGGGACCCGAGCUCGGCAGGCUGAGCGAGGCCAGGCCCGAAAGAGGUCUUCCAGCUCCCAGAGGAAGGAGAGGGGCACGCAGGCACGUCACAAACCCGCCUGCCCUGCUGCGGGCGAGAGCAGCGCCCAGGUGUGGCAGCGGCCGGCGCAGAGCUGCCUGGGCCCUGGGGCCAUCCCGUGGGAUCCACCGCAGGGGUAUGAACCUCAGUCCCUGCCGAGCCUGUGGGUGGAGUGCGUGGCCUUGCCCUGA